CGACACAUGAACCACUUGUUGCUUUGUUUGCACGUGCUGUUAGUGAUGCACGAGGGAGGUUGAAUCCAAUUUCCGGAUGCUCAGAUGCUCAAAGCGUGGCAUCAGCAUGAGCCGAUGCCCAAGAGCGAAACGGUCUUUCGUCGCGGACCAUCUCCAAGAACAUCAGGAAUUAGCCGAUGCCCACUUAGCAAAAGCUGCAGGAGCGAACUCUCCGCUGUGGGAAACAUGGAUUCUUCGGCUGUGACAAGUGCGGACAAAGGCUCUUUGCUUCGGCGAGACCAACUUUGAUUUCAGAGACUGCUGAAGCUGAGAAGCUGGAGUGCUGCAGUGCUGCAGGCAAGCCAUUGACCUUUUCAAGCGAAGCGAAGCGGAGUGUCAGGCGCCCGGUCGAACUGAUUGAAGCAGACAUGGUGAGACGUGGUGAGACACCUUCAAAUGAACUUUCAUAGGAGGAUGCCCUCUUCAGUGUGCACGCGUUCUUACGACUGUAGCCCUCGUGCAGCUCAACGUUUGCUUUUUCCGACCAGUCAGCCUAGUCAUCGUCAUGGGGAAGGUGGAUGCGGAAUCCCAUGCGCCGGCGUGGCGCAUUGACAACAAGGCCAAAAUGAAAGAUGUCGCGCUUUUCCAAAACAGAGAUGGAAGCUCUGAUGGUGUCUUGUGGUACUGGGUCAGUGAUGACCGUAAGGUAUGCAUCGGCCUCUACAAUGACAUGAAGAAUGAAAAGCUCAUUGUCACUUUUCAAGGUGCAAAGGAAGAAGCGCUCGCAAAGCCCGAGGAUGCGGCAAAACCUAGCUUUCGAUGCAAAGUGGAUGGAGAGAAUAUCGCCUUCACAGUACUUCCAGGUGAGAUGGUACUUGCUUUCGAUGGAGAGGGGCAGGUUCCAGGCUUUGUUCCUGCGACCGAGCCACUUACUGCGGCAGAUUACAAUGAAGCCUUCGGAGAUCUUGCAAAACUCUAUGAUGAAAGUGCGGAAAAGGUGAAGGCCCUCAUCUCCGAGCGCGGACUUGACGCAGCAAAUGAUAUGGCGAUACUGCAAGCUUGCGUUGAAACAGGGACGCGCUUUGUUGACGUGAACUUCAACCGUGAGGUUGUCAUGGGCAAUGGAGAGGCAUGCCCUGGACCCUUCCUUUGUCCGGAGCAGUUCUUGAAAGAUGGGCAAAAGAAAAGCUUGUUCGUCUCAGAUGAAUCGGGUGAGAAGGUCUCUCCUGGUGACGUGGGACAGGGAUUCCUGGGUGAUUGUUGGCUGAUUGCAGCAAUUGCAGCCUUGGCUGAGUGGCCACAGCGAGUGUACUCCAUCUUUGGUGUGGAUGGCAAUCCAUACUAUGGCAAUGAGGUGGGAGGCUACGUGGUGAAUCACACCAAAGAUGGCCUUUGGACCCGCACCAUCGUCGAUGACUUCCUGGUGAUGCGCGGGGUGUCACCCCUCUUCGCGCGGAAUCGGAAGAAUUCGGCGGAGCUGUGGGUGGCAAUCUUGGAGAAAGCUUGGGCCAAACUCCAUGGAGGAUACAGGGUGAUCCAGGUGGGGAAGACCGCCAAUGCCUUGACGGACCUCACCGGCUCGCCCUCCCAGAUCUUCGCCUUCAACCCGGAGGAUCCGCAAGAGGUCUUGCUGGAUGGCUUUGUGAAGACCGAGUUUUGGAGCAGAGAUGAUCUGGGCAAGGCCUUGACUCAGUGGAACCACUCGGACUUUGCCAUGAACGUGCAAACCCCUGGCACCGAUGCGUCCUCCUUUGACCGAAAGAACAAUGAUUUGACCGGCUUAGAGAAGGCAUAUAAGAAGAUUGGACUUUUGCCAGGUCAUUGCUACACUCUCUAUGGGGUGGCUGUAGCCUGUGGAGAAACCAUUUGCCAGAUCCGCAAUCCGUGGGGUUCCGGCACUGAGUGGACGGGAAGGUGGAGUGAUGGAAGCAAGGAGUGGAAAGACAUCGAUGAGCAAGAAGGGGCGGAAAUCCUCGACAUGCUUGGGAACCGCUCCAUGCCGAGCUCUUCGGAUGGAAUGUUUUGGAUGUCGCUAUUGGAUGUCUCUAAGUACUUCAAGGGGGGAAGCGUCACCAUGAUUCAAAGCCCUCAGACGGACCUUCGUUUUCUGGGACAAAGCAACGGACAAGCAAACUUUGCUCUGAGCCUCAAGAACAAGACUCCUUCGAACCGCUUCGCAUUCAUGGCAUCUCAGCCGGAUCAUCGGGGGCGAUCGGGCGGCUCCUAUGCAGGUCUGCAGAUUCGGGUGUUGCUCAAAACCGAUGCGUGCUAUCGAUUGGCCCAGGCAGAGGAUUUGCAAGGCGAGGCCGCAGCCUGUCGAUGGCGAAUGUCCAGAGACAUGGGCCUCAAUACCGCACUUCCAGAGGGUGAGUAUAUCAUCACUCUUGUGACCGAUGCAAAUGGUCCUGUGGUUCUCUCACUUCAAGCAUCAGGUGACUUCACCGCUGAAGCCUUCGGGGUGCCAUCUGGAGCUGAGUGGUUGACCCGGCAGCUUGCAGCUGAUGCUUCCUUUGACAUCGACAUAUCGGCAGCUGCUGAGGGACUGCAACAGCAAAAGAAUAAAGUGCCUUUGUGAGCCCAAAGUGGUUCUGGAGUCUCAUGUGUGUAUCACUUCGUGAUCUCACAUUGGCGUCUCACACUGACAUGAUGCCGAUGAUGAAACAUAAACUUGUUGUCCAUCUCACAUCCGAGAAGCAAGAUGCUAGACCGGAUGCUGCAAGUGGAUGCCUCCACGCAGGUGAACCACGCGCCAGCGGGAGAAAAGGAAUCCAAAAGGAUACUUUUCAUUAAGACUCCAAGCUGCUCAUUUUGCAUACUUGGGUGUGUCUCAAACCUGGGAGAACCGCCAUUCUGGUCCGAAAAUGCCUUCAACAUGCAACCGACGUGGUUUUUGGGUGACCCAUGGUGACCCACUGGCCGUGCCACACCAGCGAUAUGAGAGGAGGUGCAGCACUGGCAGCGACUCAAACUAGGUGGAGUACAUUUGGCGAACUACGUCGAGCACUGAGGCGAGCACUCUUCCAAGCGAAAGGACGAAGCCAUGGUGGUCUUAGAGUGAUUGGAAGACACAAGCACUCGUAGAGUUCUUUGCAGCUUUCGCCGUGAAACGAACAGAGAUGCUCGUGAAACCUGACUGUCCUCUGACCUGAGAUGAGACAGCGGGCGCAA